AUGGUCAGUAUUGAUAGUACUUUGUCAAUUCAAUCAAAUAAAAAAAUAAUAUCUACAAUGAAUACAAAUGAGCAACCAGUAACAUCUGAGCAGUCUACUGGAAAUUUAGUAACAUCCUCUUCUGGUGUUGGUGUUAAUAAUACACAAGAACAAAAACCAGCUUUAACGAUUCCUGGAGUAUUACAUUACAUUCAACAUGAAUGGUCUAGAAUUGAGAUGGAACGUUUACAGUGGGAGAUUGAAAAAGCCGAUCUCAAAGCUAGGAUUUCACAAUUAGAAGGUGAAACUAAAGGUCAACAUAAUCUUAUGAGAGAUUUAGUUAGAAGAAUAAAUAUGUUGGAAUUUUGUUUAAUUAAGGAACGAAAUAAAUUUUAUAAAUUAACUCAUAAUGGUCAGGAACCACCAUCUUUAGAUGAGGAGAAUGACAAUCAACAGGAUAAACAAUUAGCAGAAAUAUUAGAAGCUGAGGGUCUUUUUGCUGGAAAAAAAGGCUCAAAUGUUGAUUUAAAUGGUGCAAGGAAAUUACUACGACACUAUCUUUCAGAAAUAGGAUAUAAUGAAAAUUUGAUAGAUGUUAGAAAUUAUAAAUUAAAAAAUAUGCUUGGAUUAUUACAAUCUAAUGAACAUUCAAAUGAAAAUUUUAAAAAAGAGACAGAGGAGGCUCAUGCAGCUCUGAUUGCAGCUGCUCAAUUUUUAAAGGAAGAUGAAUCAGAUCGUUUUAACGAUAGUGAUUCUGAUGAAGCUGAUAUUAGUGGUCAGUUUGGAAAUGAUCUCGAUAAUGAAGCUAUUGAAGCUUUGAGCAAACCAACAAAUGAUUGGGAUAUUGAUAAGAAUCAAUUAGAUCAAUUAAAAGAAAAGUUUAGAAAUGAAAAUAUUAAAAAACGUCAUAGUGCUGAUCAUUCUAGUAGUAUGAGAAAUUUGGGUGCUGGUGAUGAUGAUACUGCUAUGGAUCAAAUACAAAAAAUUCUUUCUGAUGCUGUUAUUAAGGGUAAGAAUCAAAUUGAUAGGAAUGAUUUAGGAAUAGAAGAUCUUAUGAGAAAUGAUGAAAAUGUUGAUAUCAAGGAUGAAUUUGCUGGCUAUGAUGAUUCUACAACAUCAAUAAAAUUAUCUUUCAAAUAUACUUUUAGAAGUCACUACGAUGUAGUAAGACAAAUGCAAUUUCAUCCAGUUGAACCACUUAUGAUAACUGCAAGUGAAGAUGGAACAGCUAAAUUAUGGAAUAUUGCUAGUAAAAUUGGAGAUGAUGUUAAAAUGUCUAGUGAUCUUGAUCCAGUAUAUACUUUCCGUGGUCAUAGAGCACCAAUUUUGUCAAUGGACAUGUCUGCAACUGGUGAACAAUGUUUUACGGCUGAUCUUAAUGGUGUAAUUUGUGUUUGGAAUGUUCCACAGAUAUCUUGUGAAAUAAAUGAAAUAUAUGAUCCUUCAGUUUUGUCAGAAACAUUUACUGGUCACACUGAUGCUAUAUGGGGAUUAACUUAUCAAAGUUCUUCAAAUCGUUUAAUAUCUUCAUCAGCUGAUAAAACAAUAAAAAUUUGGGAUAUUGGUGCUGAUGGAGAUGCUUUAGUUCAAGAAUAUAGUGAAGUAUUAAAUGGUCAAGUUGCUUGUACUAUAGAUGUUGUUGCAGCUGAACCUCAUCAUAUUGUAGCAGGAUUUUGUAAUCAAGAUGCUUCUAUUUUUGAUAUUGAAACGGGUCAAUUUGUACUUAAAUUUGAUUAUCAUGAUGAUGAUAUUGGAAAAAUUACAAAAAUUUUAUCACACCCAACAAUGCCUGUUACUAUUGUUGGUGGAACUGAUAGAAGGAUUCGUUAUUUUGAUAACAACACUGGUAAACUAAUUCAUUGUACAAUAGCUCAUGUAGAAAGUAUAUCAACAUUAGCUAUUGAUCCUAAUGGUCUUUACCUUUUAUCAGGAAGUCACGAUGGUAGUUUAAGGUUAUGGAAUAUUGAAAAAAGAACAUGUAUACAGGAAAUUGGUGCACAUAGAAAGAAGUUUGACAUGUCUGUAAUGUCGGUGGCAUUUCAUCCAUCGAGACCAAUAAUUGGUUCAGCUGGUGCGGAUAGUUUAGCAAAGAUAUAUACUUCUCAAAAUUCAUAUAUUGAUGAUAGUUUAAAUGCUUAA